UUGAGUGUGUUCACUUGAGGCGAGCUCACAAAGAAGCAAAAUGGGCUCAGCAGUUUUCUCAAGUCCAGCUUGGAACCGAAGGAGAAGGGGAACAAUCCCGUGAGGUGCAUGAGCACAGUGGCACAAGCACAGACCGGGCCAUCGACUCAGCGAUAAGCAUUCCAUCGUGGCUGCGUAGAAUCACUCACUCCAAGCAUUGCAGUCCCCAUGUGUUGUCAUUCUAGUGGAACCAAUCUGAUUAUUUUGUCCAUUGUUUCGUCCAGUUCACAGGAACUGUUUAUCCUUCAGUACUGCCAGCCGUUGUCUUCCUAGGAUCUAGCUUCCCUCGUAUUUGGGCCAAGUAGGAAUUGCGUUUUGCUUCCAGCUUCCACUAUUUUUUCCACCUGUUUGCCUGGAACUGUCGACAAAUGACUGCGUUAUUCAUUUUCGAAACAAAUAAACCCUGCACAAGUCUGCCUUGGCUGUGUUGGCGAUGUGGAUAAUUGCUGACAGAGGCUCUCCGUUGUCAUCUAGCUGAGCUUUCCAGACAGCUCCCGCGUCCAAUGGCGAAGCCGUUAGUUUUGCUGAGCGGCUCGUCUCAUUGUUUGGCACAGUCACGUACGCUGGUGCCAAGACAAUGGCGUGGCGGAGUGGGAAUGCUUUCCCUUGGCGUGCUGGCUGGCAUGCUGUGUGGCUCACUGUUGCUGCUAGUCCAGAGCCCCAGCGACAGUGGAACAGCGCAGCGAUGCAGCAACGGAGUAUUUCACGGGGGCAGCCCAGAGAGACAGCAGGCCGACGGUGGCCUGGUUUCAUUCCUAGAGCUGGAGAAUGAAGGGAAUAAACUGCAAAAGGAAGAAGAGAAGGGUAAUGGACUGACUGACCUGGAGCAGAAGGAGAACGGCAAAGCAAUGCGCAAAGGCCAAGACGACUGGGACGACACUGAUGACCUCUCACAACGGGCACGAACGUCACCGCCUGCAGCGGCUCUCGCCGGGGAGGCUGCGUGUGUGUCGUCGGUGCCGUCCGCUCUGCCGUCCGAUUACGACAUGUACCGGUCGGCUCUGCCGGACUCCGUGCGCCCCCUCCAUCUUGUCUUGAUCGGCGUCAUGACGACCGCCAAGUUUGUGGACACGCGUGCCGUUGCCGGUUAUCGUACGUGGGGUCGUCACUUUGAUCACCUGGUGUACUUCAGCUCCGAGGGCACGGAGAGCAAGUACGGCUUGCCUGUGGUCGGUCUGAACGGCAUUGACGAUGAGUACCCACCGCAACGCAAGGCGUUUGCAAUGCUGCGCUACUUUGCCGUUCACUUCAGUGACACGUACUCGUUCUUCGUGCGUUUGGAUGACGAUGUGUAUGUGAGAACCAGUCGCCUGCAGCGUGUGCUGUCCAUGCUGAAUCGAGAAGCUGAUCUCUACAUUGGCCAGCCGGGUGAAGGUAAUAAGAAGGAGAAGAAGACACUGGGAGUGCAGACGUGGCGCUACUGUAUGGGUGGUCCUGGCGUUGUGUACAGCCGAUCUGUACUCAAGAAGUUACGCUCCCACGUGGACUAUUGCUUGCGGUAUCUGAUGCAGAGUACUCAUGAAGAUGUGGAGGUUGGUCGCUGUCUUCACGAACGAUUGGGCAUUAGCUGCUCAUGGAAUGCCGAGAUGGCCAAACUGUUCUUCCAUGGCUUCAGCAAUAGCAUGAUCUACUCGAAUCAAGUUCACUCCAAACACCUUCGCUACGCCGUCACCAUCCAUCCUCUCAAAGAUCCAAAACUUGUCUACAAACUGCAUCAUUUCUACCUGAGCAAGGAGAUCCUUCUGAAAGAGAACGAGCUGGCACUGAUGAAUACAUCAGUGGUUGAUCUCGUACCGUUCCUGAAGCAGGCUACCAUUGAGGACCUUGCCAAGCAGGAGAUUGAACGCCGACGUCAGGCCAACGAUCGUACGCUGCAGCUACCGUGGCUGUCGGCGUACCGCAGUGCUCGCUUCAGCCCCAAGCACGUCAUGGCACACUUCACGCCCUACAUUUACCGGUCGGCGCGCGCGCCCUCUCUGCCGCAGAACGACUUUCGCGGCGGCCCCUACCGCUCUUCUCUCAAGAUGACGCUCGGCAAGAUGGUGUACCAGCGGAGCCGCGCCAAUCGCAAGGUGCGCUUCCACUACACACGCCUGAACGAGGGCUUCAUGGCCUACGAUCCCGUGCUCGGUUAUCGGCUGGUGGCUGACAGUCAGAUCUCGGAGCAUCGGCGCGACACGGGCGUGCACGAUCGCACCGAGCAAAUUGAGGUGUACCAGCGUUUCAACUCUCUCAUGUACUCCAAGGAACGUAGCAGUGUGCUCAGCUCCACCGAACUGGUGACUAUAGUCGUUGUAGUCUCGGCUGCUCGUGCAGAACGCUUCGACGGCUUCGUUGACUCCAUUAAUAGCCUACUGGAGGAGCCGGGUGUCGUCAGGAAGCGUGUACGUCUGUUUGUCACCCUGUGUUUGCUGCAGACCAAGUCCGCAUCUCUGCCUGCCGCCAAGGUCAAACAGGCCAAGGAGCAGGUGCGGAGUGGAUUGGCGCACCUGGCGGAGCUACAGCCAAAGCUGACCGUUCGCCGCAGCACGUAUCCGGGACGUAUGUCGGCCGAGUUUGCGCUACGCACGAUGCGUGACUCCUACAACAUCUCCUGGUGGUCCGACCUGAAUGCCGCCAGCGACGAUCUGGUCCUGAUCGUGGACGAGAGCGUUCGCUUUCGCGCCGGCCUGCUGCAGCGCUGCCGUCUGAACGCCGUCAGCAGAACGUCCGUCUACUUCCCCAUCGUAUUCAGCGUGUACCCGGAGAGCGUGUCACGACGUCGCACGCCCUUCACCUACGCAUUCACCAGCAGCGCCGGAACGUGGCUGGACGACUACUACGGCGUCGGCUGCUUUCACGCGCGCGACCUCAACGUCACCGCCAAGGUCUUCGGCCUGGCGCCGCUAUGGGAGGAGGAAGAACUGGCCACGCUCGCCAGCGAUGUGGUAAGUCAGGGCCUGGAUAGUAUGCGCGCGCCCGAUCCGGACGUGUACCGCGAGCACGUGCACCUGUCGACGUGCGACCGUAUCCGCGAGUCCAAGCUACGCUACCAUUGCUCGUGGCAGACGUCCAACCGCAUCGGAACCAAGCAGCAGCUGCUCAACUGGCUGGGUGCGAACAAUCACGAAGAGAUCAAGGAGAACUGGUUAGCGAUUGCAAACUCUCAGAGAGACUUGUACGAGCAUGACCCGCUUGCCGUGCUCUAGAACCUUGCUAGCUAGAAAGGACAUUGCAAGAACGACGAAACACGUCGUCUCUUGUCUCGUUUCUGUCGUUUGGAAACUUGACUCGUUGUAUUGCCAACCAGCAGCGUAUUGCCCUACGCCGUCAUGCCAGUGUGUUGGAUUUGUCUUCGUCGUCAUGCCGACGUGCUGGAUUAGUCUUCGUCGUCAUGCCAGUGUGUUGAAUUCGUCUUCGUUGUGAUGCUGGCGUGUUGGAUUAGUCUUCGUCGUCAUGCUGGCAUAGUUGUCAUGGCUAUACACUUAUCCGUUAGAGAGAUAUGAUAUGUUAGCGGCUGUGAUGUCAUCACCGUCGCAUGCUUGUGUGGGCUGUCGCACGACUAUGCAGCAUGGCCAAGCACGCUGGGACGAGGAUCACCGCCGCCUUCACGAUUCCUGGCGCUGCUGUUGCAGGCAAGUAUCGCUGCAGGGUCUGUGAGGCGCUGCAUUAGCUGCAGGGUCUGUGAGGCACGUCCAUUGCUGCCAACGUGCGCACGCGUGCGUGGCAAGUCAGUCCUAGGUCAUAUGUAAUCGUCUGCAUAUGCACGUCAGUUGAAUGUGUACACCUGCCAAGAAGGUGAUGUAACAUUGUGCUGUCGUGGUGCCAUGGACAAUUCAAAUCUGUUCGGUCACUGAGCCGGGCUUGGACGUGAGGUGCGUGUGUUAGUGCUAGGCGCGUUGAGUAGAAAUUAGUGCGUAACGUCUUGAUAUUAGGUCGCUUGUGUGCUGCUGCUCUCACUGUCGCCUGUACAUUGGCUCUUCCAGCGCACGCACGCACACACACACACACACACACACACACACACACACACACACACACACACACACACGUGCGCUAGAUAGGUCUCGCUGGCGUGGAAGAUAUUCCGAACGCUUCCGCAGCCCGGACACAACUGUGCUGGCAUGUGUGUAGUUGAUACCCAUGGAUAUCCUGUGCGCACGAAGCGUGCUACGCUAUCGCCAUCGCUUCCUGCCCACGCGAUCCCUGUGCACACCGGCUACUGUUUGCUCAUCCUGACAGCUCCAGCUCCCUGGUGGGGUGAGAGUUUGUGCCCCAGUCGGGUGGUGAGAGAGUGCGCUGUACAUCCCCCAGUCAGACGGUGCCAAGCCAUGCAACUCUAGUGUGGCAGUCGUGUUGCGUGUAGGGGUCUAACUGCCGUCACACGCCACAUGGAGGAGCUGUGCUGUAACACUAUACAUAGUCUGGCCGCACAAUGCCCAGCAGACUGGCCGGUGUGUUUUUGCUGCCUGUGCUGAGUGUGGCCGCUUUUGCUGUCGUUUUGCUGCCGCAGUUGGUGUCGGUGUGUGAUGCCGACUCAGUGGUCAUGGUGACUCGGUGGUCAUGGCGACGCUUAGUAGGUACAAGUACGGUCGGUGUGCAGUCAACACGAAAGCACGCUGUCGCAAUAGGCGGCCUUUGAAUCGUGUACAUGAGGACCUGUGCCCCGCCAUUUUAGUCUUGGUGUGGCUACUGGUGGCCUGAUGUACGCGCGGCGACUUCCUCUCGCUCCGAUUGCUGUUUUCAAUUUUCGACUAUUUUCCCGACUAUCUGCCACCCCACCGGCAGCUCUUGCCAGAGAAUUUCGCUGGAUUCAAUUGCACUGUAUUUAUAACCUUCUGUGAUGUUUAGGUUUUUACGUGACCAGGAUCUCUAUUCCUCUUGAUACGAUGUUGAAAUGUGACAUGCUUCUAUUAUUUUUAGCUUGAAUCACAGGGUGCUUAUUUUUUUCCACACUCCGAUCCGAUCCCACUAAUUUUACUAAUUUUACUCCUUUCAAGUAUUUUAUUUUUUCAUUCAGCGAUAUACCUGUUGUCACUGUCCUCUUUGUUCGUUUGGUUUCCUUCUAAUGGACAAGAUCGGCAUGCGUUUGUGUGUGUGGGUGGGUGGGUGCUUUUAUUUUAUUUUUCAUUCAGCGAUAGAGCUGUUUUCACUGUCCUCUUUGUUCAUUUGGGUUCCUUCUCCUAA